AUGGCUUUGAAAAUCUCUUUAACACUUCUUGUAACAUUCGUCUGCUUUUAUAAUGUAAAUAUCGUUUCAACUAAUGAAGAAUGCCAAUUAUCGCGACAAAAUGAUAUGGUCGACGAUUGUAAUUGUCGCAUAUCUGAUAUUAACGAUUUAAAUAAUCAAAAUUUAUAUCCAUUAUUACGACAGAUAGUUAAAAAAAAUUAUUUUCGAUUCUUUCCAGUUAAUUUAAAAAAGCCAUGUCAAUUUUGGUCAGACCAUGGUCAAUGUUCACUACGAACGUGUGCAAUCAAAUCGUGUCCAAUCGAAAAAUUACCUGAAAAUCUCCGUGAAACAUUCAAUAGUAACAAACUCAGUCGUUCGAGUAUGAGCAAACAAGACAAGCAAAAACAACAAGAACAAUGUCCACCGAAUGACAACAAUGCUUCACUGGGUUUGGUUAAUAAAGAUUUAAGUGAGGAACAUAUGCAAACAAUUGAAAAAUGGAAACAAUUUGAUGAUAUUCAAUCGGAAAACUUCUGCGAUGUUGAUGAUGAAACAACAUCGGAUAUGGAAUACAUUGAUUUAUCACUCAAUAUCGAACGUUUCACAGGUUAUUCAGGUAUAUCAACCCAACGAAUAUGGUCGGCAAUUUACAAUGAAAACUGCUUCUUUCUCCCUGAAUCAAAACUUUACUACAAUCUAAGACAAAAACGUUUAAAUGCAGACAAAUUAUGUCUUGAAGGUCGAACAUUUUAUCGUCUUAUCUCUGGUCUUCAUUCGAGCAUCAGCAUACAUUUAUGUGCCCAAUACUUCUUUCCCAGUGUUGGCGGUGGGUAUUCGGGUUCAGAUGGACGAUGGGGACCGAAUCUUGACGAAUUUCGACGCCGUUUUGAUCCGGAAAAAACUGAUGGCGAAGGACCAGGAUGGCUGAAAAAUCUCUACUUUAUCUAUUUGAUUGAGUUACGCGCGAUUUACAAAGCACGAGAUUAUUUUCAUAGUCAAAAUUAUUUUACCGGAAAUCAAACCGAUGAUAUUCAUACAAAGCAGUUGUUAACCGAAAAUUUAUUUCAGCAAAUCGAGCCAUUUGCAAAUUAUUUCAACGAAAAUGAUCUUUUCAAGAAUGGAAAUGAAGAGUUAAAGGCUGAUUUUCGUGAACACUUUCGAAAUAUCAGUCGAAUUAUGGAUUGUGUCGGAUGUGAUAAGUGCAAAUUGUGGGGCAAAUUACAAGUACAAGCUUUAGGAACAUCGUUGAAAAUUCUUUUUGCAGAAAGUCCCAUUCAAUUACAAAGAUCGGAAAUCGUUUCGUUAUUCAAUGGCUUUACUCAAUUAUCAACCAGCAUCUAUCGACUAGAACAUGUAUUCAAAACAUGUCUGAGAAAUCAUAUCGAACUCUGA